ACCACAGCGAUGAUGAUACGCUUUAUUUGCUCCACCGUCUACCGAGCACUUUCACUGCUUAUCGGAGGAUUGUUUUGUAAAUAAAACCCACGGCCGUGGGAGUGACCUGUAUAUUAUCAGCCAGGAUGCCCUCCCGUCCGUGAAUUAGGUCCUUCUUCCACAGGAGAAACUGGUUUUAGCAGGAUGCAUACCACACGCAGCCCCUCGUCUGUGCCGACCACUUCCCCCGGAGAUGCCCUGGACCUCAGCCUGAGCGGCUCCAGGCUCUCCAUGUCCAAACGGCCCAGCAGUGCAUCUCCAGGGAAGCACUUCUCCCGCUCUGUGUCGGUGUCUUUGGCCACCGAGGGUAAAGGGAAACGCAACAUGCUGGGCUUCUCCAAUACCGGGAGCUGUCGCUCAAUCAAGAACCUGAGGAGGUCCAACAGCACCACUCAGGUCAACCAGAUAGCCAACCUUAGUUUAAGUCAGGAACCGAGCGAAGAUUACCUGACUCUGUUCGACAGAGGCUCUGAUGGACGUAAGAAACUGGCGAGCCUCAGCAAGAGCUCCCCAGAGAGAACCACAUGGAACAUCCUGGAUGAUCAGCCCAGAACCUUUCCACCACAUUCGAGCGCCCGCAGCACCGGCAGCAUGGACUCCCCCACCGGUCUGAAGAAAAAAGAGCCUGGCAUCCCUCUGGCGGCCACCUUCACUGCCAACAACAGGAGCAACAAAGGAGCUGUGGGCAACUCAGUCACCACCAUUUUACACAACAAUUACUCUGAGAAGCCUCUCACACCUAAGAGCUCAAACCAGAAGCCCUCCUUCAACAACAUCCUAAAGGCCACAGCGAACGAUGAAGUUCUGCUGGAGAGCUCCUCUGUCACAAAGUCUCAGAAGAACUUCUCGUCCUCGUCCUCCACUUCCAACAACACGUCGCCGGUGUCGCCUCAGUGCUGCAGCCCCAUCUCGCCGCGGAGGAAGGAGGUCACAGAGGAGGAGGCGGAAAUGUUUAUUCAGCAGGUGAACCAAGCUGCAGUCACUAUCCAGCGCUGGUACAGGCGCCACUCCAGGAGGAAAAACAGCCACCAGGCAGAGCUAGAGCAAAUCCUGGCCAGUAAGAGAAAGGAGUGGGAGGAGAGGAAAGAGGAGGAAGAUAAGCUGAGGCAGCAGCGCAGAGGAGAAGACAGGAUGCGAAUCCGUGAGGAGAAAGCUCGUCUUGCCCGCCUUGCUGCCAUUCAGGAGCUGCAGCAGAAAAAAACUCAGCGAAGGGCAGAGGGGCAGCAAGCUCCAGAGUUGGAGUUGGAAAAUCUGUGGCAAACAGGACGAAAGAAACGGCUUGAGAUUUCCAUCAGCAACAAAAGCCCGACCUCACCAAACAACAACAGCUCGCCGACGUCACCCAGCGACACCAAAGCUAAGAACACAGCAGACACCAAUUUCAACAUCACAGCUGACUUAGGAGAGCUGAGUUUCAGAGCCAUUUCUCCAGCUUUAUCCAGUAACAAAGGAUCUCAGUGCUCUCAGGAGCUGCAGCAGAAAUCAGCACCACAGGCAGCAGCAGAACAGCAUGCUAUGGAAAUUGAGCCUGAAUAUCAGAAACCAUCUGGUGCAGGAGGACGGAGGAAACUUCUGAGGAUCCCACCGUCCAACAACAGCCAGGUCUCACUAAGCAACAACAACCCAAGGUCUCCCACAGACACCAAAACCAAGAACACAGACUUUAAUUUAAAUGUUGUAAAUUAUGGAGCAGACAUCGGAUUCAGAGCAAUUUCUCCAGUUAUUUCACACCACAGAGGAUCCCUGACUUCCCAGGAGUUGUUGCAGAGGUCUGUGAGUGCAGAGGACCAGCGUCAGGUAGCUGCUCCUAUCCAGGCUCACUCUAAAACUACACUGAAUGAGCUGCUGGACACCGUGAAGCUGUUGGAAGAGGAGCCUGAGAAACUGUCAGAGCCAAGGUGCUAUCGGAAGGAGAAGUACGCCUGGAUAGAUGAGGAGGGGGACUCGCUGACCACGGAUAACGUGGAGCGCCACGGCCAGCUGAAUCAACAUCCUGUGCUACCAGACGGGGGCGCUCUCUUGUCUGAGGCCAAGCUGCAAAGCAUUAUGAGCUUCCUGGAUGAGAUGGAGAAGUCGGAGCAGGAACGGCCACGAUCCGUCACCUCUGGGUCCCAUAGAGAGGCCGUCCUGUCAGAGGAGGAGCUGGUUGGUGUCGAUCAUCUGUCAGCGACUGCAGCUGAAGUCAGCAGCUCCAUGAUGAGGAUCAAACUGGAGCUGGAGGAGAAGAAACGUACCGUCAACAUGCUGCAGGCUGCAUUGGCUCAGCAGACAGAGCUAUCAGCAAAACAUGUGAAGGAGACGGAGAAGGAGCUGAGCAGGAACUUCCAACUCCAGAAGGAUCAGUAUGAAGCCACUAUCCAGAGACACCUGACCUUCAUAGACCAGCUGAUCAAUGAUAAAAAAGCUCUGAGUGAGCGCUGUGAAGGCGUGGUGGCCGAAUUAAAGCAGGUGGACCAGAAAUACACCAAGAAGAUCCUACAUAUGCAACAGCAGCAUGAAAUGGUGUGGCAAAUUCUCGGCCCCUUGUGUGAGGAGAUUAAAAAGCUAAAGGACCUGAUGAGCGCCCAGGAGAAGAUCCGCAGAGAGAAAUGGAUCGAUGAGAAAACCAAGAAAAUUAAAGAGAUUACAAUUAAAGGGCUGGAGCCAGAGGUCCAGAAGCUGAUCUCAAAACACAAACAGGAGCUGAAGAAGCUGCGGACGUUACACGAAGCUGAACUGCUGCAGGCCGACGAGCGAGCAGCUCAAAAAUAUGCCAGACAGAGUGAGGAGCUGCGUCAGCAGCUGGAGAUGGAGAAGGAGGAGCAGUGUCAGCGAGAGAGGGAGCUGGCCAAGCAGAGGUAUGAGAAGCAGCUGCAGGAGGAGGAGCUGUCUCUGCAGCAGCAGAGGAGGCGUCUCUACAAGGAGAUGGCUGAUGAGAAGGAGAGGCUGGCUGAGCUGGCUGCCAGGCAGCGCAGCGAGCUGGAGGAGCUGCGGCGCCAGCUGGAAGAGAACAGCUCACUGGCAGGUCGAGCCCUCAGAGAGGAGAUGGAUAGGAGCCGAGAGGAGCAGGAGAGGAGGCACCAGAUGGAGAUGAAGAUCCUGCAAGAACGUUUGCAUGUAGAGAAGCAGACAUGGGAAGACAACUACAAAAAGAAGGAGGAGGCCUGGAUUCUGAGCCGUGAGCGCGAGCUGAAGGAAGAGCUGCGGCGAGAACGAGACAAGGAGAUCGAGCUCGCCAUCUGGACCCUGGAGGAGGAGACGAGCAAGGACAAGGAGGAAUGCGAGCGAGCUGCAGACAACAGGGUAAAACGGCUGAAGGAGAAGUAUGAUGCAGAGCUAAGGGAGCUGGAGCACUCUGAGAAAGCAGCAGUGGGUAAACUGCAAGAACUGAGAAAGCAGCAGGUGGAGACAGAAGGAGAGCUGCUCCGACUGCAGGUGGCGCUCAGGCAGAAAGAACAGGAGAUCCAGGACAUUACACAGACCAGAGACAAGCUGGCAGAAGAGCGCAGCAGCCUGGCCGAAGUUAUACGGCAAGAGUUUGCAGAGCACCUGGUGACUACAGAGGAAGAGAACCGGAGGCUCAAAGUGGAAGUUUCAGAGGUCAAAGCAAGGCUGCGGUUGGAGGUGGAGAGGAUCUCCCGUGAGAAGGAGGAGGAGCUUGCAGAAGUCCACCAACGGGUAAAGUCAGCCAUCUUGAAGAAGGAGGAAACUGUGAAUAGUCUCCGGAAACAAUAUGAGGCUGCUCUGAAGAGGGCGGACCACCUAGAGGCUCUGUGGGAGCAGCAAAGGAAGCAGCUGUUGGAGAAGUGACUGACAGAAAUGCCUGCUAGCAUGACAACCCCCAGUCAGCUGCUGGAGGUACUUUCUACCUGCAAGACUGAACAUGUGGAACUGUAGAAGGCAUUAAAUGUGACCUACCUCACUUGAAAACAAGGCAAACUGUCCUGGAUUUCACAAACUCCCUUUACCCCGCCCCCUUCCAUGCAGAAAAGAGGGAGUUUGUUUUGGAGCCCCCCUCUCUCAUCUGCUACAGACCUGAAACCUUCAAUUGUUACACUGUUCCUUAGAGAUGGACCCUAAAAGACCUCCUGGUGUGCAGUUAGACCAGGCAGUGGCUGUUUCCUCCUGGGAUUCAUCUCUAUCUAUGAGCUCUCUGCCUGAAGCGAGUCAACUUCUUCAUGGACCCUUUAAUCACUGACUCGUGUUUUUAUCGCUAUUUCCUCUGAAGGGGAUUGCUAAUUACAGAACUUUAACCUAGCAGCCUCUGAGCUCAGCUCUGUUUCUGCUGCCAACGCUUGGAUGUAAUGAAACACUGCUUACAGAUUGAAGUUAGAAAGGAUGCAGGAUGUCGGUAAAGGGAGCAAUGGGACAAGUCA